AGAGAAUACCGGCGAAGAACCGGAUGAAUGAUUGAUUAAAUUUUAUCAUUGCUAAAUCCACGAAUUAGUCUUUGAUAUCCUUUCGAUACGCUCGUUUAAAGAAAACUCAACGUUGAAAGAAAAUGAACAAAGCUAAAGGGCAGAGGAGAGGGGUUAACGCACAUCGGAGAUUUCGAUAACUAUUAUCAAACGCCUAUACGAUAUAAACGAUCGGCGAUAAGGUAGCGCGAUUCUGAGCGCGUGUUUGUCGUCAUCAUCAAGCUAAGUUCUCUCUCUCUCUCUCUCUUUAUUUUUCUCUCUUUUUCUCUCUUCUCUUUUCUGACUGGAUUCAAAGUGUCAGUAGGUGUUACGAUCUCGAGAAGAAUCGUGUUAUAUGAGAUAGGAAUAAUAAGAGGAUACGAGUGAAAAAAGCAAAGGAAAAUCCAAACGUUAUCAUUUUCCAUAUCGUUUGGAAAGUACGAUAAUCGAUAUCGACAUUACGAAUCAUCAUCAAGUUCAAGUUAGAGCAGAGCACGAUGACGUGAAGGCCGACGAGAUUCGAAGAGAUCGACGUAGGAGGAAGAAGAGAGAAUAAACGAAGAUAACGACAAUGCGAUUAUGUGUAAUUUAUAUAAUUGCGCAUCUUUUUGUUACGACAAAUCGAACAUCGUAUUGUUAGUUUGUUCGUUGUUGAAGAAAAUCGUAUUGGAUGUUAUUCGAAUGUAUACAAUUAUGUAUAUGAAAAAGAUUGUAUUUGUAUCGGUAAAGUUUUAAGAACGUGUCAUUUUGUGAAAAUAUUGACUGUUCAUCGAAAUCGUUGCAAUUUCGAUUUAAGAACUUAUAGAUAUAUGAUAGCCGAGUUUGUCGGUGCGAUAGAUGAUCAAACAUAUCAGCCGAUAAUAUAGAACGCAGCGCGCAGUUUUCUCUUCCCCGAUGCGCGAGAAUGAUCGUUAAAGCAUCUCGGUUUCGAUCUCGGCUAAUCGUAAGUCAGGAUGCGCUCGCGAUCGAUCGUGCAUCCGUCGUUGGGGGUUGCAUCUUUCGAGCUUCCUCUUCCUGAGAUCGUCGUCGUACGUCUAUAAAAUAACUCUUGGUUUUACACGCCGGAAGAACAGAAAUAGAAUUGAGAAAACAGGCUAACGAUCGAGAUAAUCCGACGUUGAUAGCGUCCGAAGAAAUGGGGUUAUCGAAGCGUGAGGAAGGUGUUAACCAGUGAAAAUGAGACUUGAACAGAGAAGAAGUCCGUUGUCCAAUUUGAGAAAGGAACGAUGAAGAAAAUCGAUCGAUCGUCGGUCGGUCGCGCUUACGACAGUUCUUCCUAAAGUUUCGGACAUAUAUUGCAUUAGAUUAUUUUAUUUCGUUCUUUCUUUCUUUCUUUCCUUGUUCUUUUUUUCCUUUUUUUUUUCUUUCUUCAUUAUCUUCCCUUGUGAAUCGUGCUACGUUAAUCGGAGCAUAGGAUAAAGGAGAUCAGCUCGCAUCGAUGGGGAUCUCGCGUCGUUGGAUCUUCAUUCUGACGACGAUCUUUUCUUUGAUGCGUCAUGCCGCACAAGGGAAGGUAACCUGUCGCGAGAUACAAUUCCCACGCGAUUGCGAAGUGCUCUGUAGCACAAAUCAAACUGGGGUCAUUUCGUGUGAACUACGAGUAGCCGUUAUAUUGCCUGCUGAUCCAAACUUCGAGAUAUCUUUGCCUAAAGUUUUACCUGUUCUCGAUUUGGCAGUUUACGAUGCCAGAGCUCGCAAUCUGCUGCCGUAUUGGCUGAAUCUCACGUUUUUACCUCAGGACGACCACUGCGACGCGAUGUACGCACAAGUUUGUUCGAUCGAUAGUUACUUGAAUUGCGUGCAUCUCUUUCUUGGACCGGCUUGCGAUUAUUGCGUCGCCGUCGUUGGAAGAGCGGUCAAGUUUUUAGGCGCCCCCUUGAUUACCACAGGAGGAUUUACUUUCGAUUUUACACAGCAAAAGAAGGAAUGCAAGGACGAGUACUUUAUGACUACACGUGUUGGGAAUUUGGCUUUCAGGGAUAUAGCGCAGUUCUUAAUAGCUAUCAUAAAUUAUUACGAAUGGCGGAAGGUCCAUUUGUUUUAUGCGACGAAUGGACAAAUUCAAGUUGGCGGGAGACAUAGUUGUCAAUUAAUGAUGAAAUCUAUGGUCGAAUAUCUUAAAAAGGAGCCUAACUUUACAUUUGGUACUUAUGACAUUGAAACUGCCACGUCGGUGGAUUAUUCGGAAGCUCUGAAAACACACGUUGGCACUUCUUACGGUGUUGUAGUCAUGUGCGCAAAUUCUACCACCAUACGAGAAAUAUUGCUUGCAGCCGAGGAGCUCGGAAUGGUUGAUUCCGGAGAAUAUGUAUUUUUCUCUAUAGAACUUUCAUCUAGCGACAACAAUUCCAUAGAACCAUGGAGAUUGGAGGGCGACACGGAUGAGAGAAACGAGAAAGCGAGAAAAGCGUAUCAGGCACUUUUGACUGUAACCGCACGGACUCCUGACAAUUUUGAAUAUUUAAAUUUCUCACGUGAAGUUAAAUCGUUGGCACAAAGCAAAUACAAUUUUACAUUCGGCAAUAGUUCCGUUUCAACUUUCGUUACGGCCUUUUACGAUGCCGUUCUUCUUUAUGCUCUCGCGCUUAAAGAGAGCCUACCAGAAAAGCCUACUGGUGAGGUUGAUCUUGAUGGUGGUAAUUUAACAAGAAGAAUGUGGGGAAAAAGUUUCAAAGGUAUAACCGGAGACGUGAAUAUCGACGAGAAUGGCGAUAGAAUUGCGGAUUAUUCUCUUCUGGAUAUGAAUCCGGAAACGUCCAAAUUCGAGAUCGUUGCCAAUUAUUACGGUGCUAACAAAACUUUGGAGUAUAUAAGUGGAAAAAAGAUUCAUUGGUCAGGCGGGAAAGAAAAACCACCCCUUGAUACGCCAACGUGCGGAUUCGAUAAAUCUCUAUGUCCGGAUAAUUCUCUUCCAGGAUACGCCAUUCUCUCGAUGGUUUUGAGUUCGAUCGUGGUCGUUUUGGUUGUGGGCUCGGUAUUUAUUUAUCGUCACUUCAAACUAGAAGCUGAAAUCGCUUCCAUGACGUGGAAAGUACACUGGGACGACAUCAUGUGGGUACCUUACGCGAGGACUAGAGGCUCGAUGUAUUCGUUAAUUGCUAACAAGUUACGUAACAGCCAACUUAGUGUAUACUCCGAUGAUAAUAUUAGUCUACCGGAGGGUGUGGACAAGCACGUUUAUAUUCCAACAGGAUUUUACAAAAACUCAAAGGUGGCUGUAAAAUUAAUACCGAGGAACAAAGUGGAAAUAUCGAGACCUUUAUUGCUCGAGUUAAAACGGAUGAAAGAUCUACAACACGAUCAUUUGGUACGUUUCUAUGGUGCUUGCGUCGAGCCACCCCAUUGUUGUCUACUGACGGAAUAUUGUCCUAAAGGAUCCCUUCAGGACAUACUUGAAAACGAACAGAUUAAACUCGAUCGUUUGUUUCGUGUUUCUUUGAUACACGAUAUAGUACGCGGCAUGGCCUAUUUACACGCCUCUGAAGUUAAAAGCCACGGGAAUUUAAAGUCGAGCAAUUGCGUUGUGGAUUCACGAUUCGGUUUGAAAAUCGCCGAUUUUGGUCUCCACGAAUUGAGGAGGUCCGGUCUCAUGGAAGAAGAAUUCGACAAAACCAGUUACGCUUAUUGGAGACGACAACUGUGGACGGCACCGGAAUUGUUGAGAAUGGAGAGACGACCACCGGAAGGUACUCAAAAAGGUGACGUUUAUAGUUUCGGAAUAAUUGUACACGAGAUCGUCAUUCGCAAAGGUCCUUUCUAUUUGGGAGAAAAUUAUGAUCCACCGCCUAAUGAAAUCGUCGAGGGUGUCAGGAAAGGGGGUAGUUCACCUUUAAGACCUGUGAUCGACGAGAGAGUGGAGGAAGAGGUAGCCACAUUAAUGAGACGAUGUUGGGCGCAGGAUUCAGCCGAUCGACCUGAUUUUCCCGCGCUAAAGCAAACCAUACGCAAGAUCAACAAAGAUUACGAGAGUAGCAAUAUCCUGGACAAUUUGUUGUCUCGUAUGGAACAAUAUGCGACGAAUUUAGAGACGUUGGUUGAGGAACGUACUGCGGAUUACUUUGAGGAGAAACGCAAAUGCGAAGAGCUACUAUACCAGUUACUGCCAAAAUCCGUCGCAUCUCAAUUGAUACUCAGUCAAAGCGUGAUUGCCGAAACUUACGAUCAAGUGACCAUUUACUUCAGCGACAUCGUCGGUUUUACCAGUUUAUCGGCCGAAAGUACGCCUCUUCAAGUAGUGGACUUGUUGAAUGAUCUCUACACAUGUUUCGACUCCAUCAUCGAAAAUUUCGACGUUUAUAAGGUCGAGACGAUAGGAGACGCUUACAUGGUUGUAUCCGGAUUACCGAUGAGAAAUGGCAUGAAUCAUGCAAGGGAAAUAGCGAGGAUGAGUUUGGCACUGAGGGACACCGUCAUGACUUUCAGAAUUCGUCAUAGACCGGAGGAAAAAUUGAAACUUCGUAUAGGAAUGCAUUCCGGACCGUGCGUAGCGGGUGUGGUUGGUUUGAAAAUGCCGAGGUACUGUCUAUUCGGUGAUACGGUCAACACGGCAUCCAGGAUGGAAAGUAACGGUGAAGCUUGGAUGAUACACGUCAGUCCAAAGACGAAAGAGAUAUUGGACACCUUUGGAACAUUUGAUCUCGUUUGCAGAGGGGAGGUGACGUUAAAGGGUAAAGGUACGAUGACGACGUAUUGGUUGAUGGGUGAAAAGCCAAUCAACAAUAACAUUAAACAAACAAAGACAGCCCAAUCAACCGACCAACUACCACCAAUCUCUAAUGAAUCAGUGACGCAGCAGCAGCAGCAGCAAAUACAACCGAUGAAGAAUCAAUCGAUUCAAACGAAAAUGGAAACGAAGGACCAAACUCACUCUACUCAGUCGAAAAUUCAGCCUAAAGUAGAACCGCCUCAAGCUCAUCAAGUAUCAACUAAAGAUCUCUCGCAAAAGAAUCAACCUCAUCAGCAGCAACAACAACAAAAACUACAUCAACAACAAAAACCACAGCAACAACAGAAACCACAGCAGCAACAGCAACAACAGAAACCACAGCAGCAACAGCAACAACAGAAACCACAGCAGCAACAGCAACAACAAAAACCACAGCAGCAACAGCAACAACAGAAACCACAGCAGCAACAGAAACCACAGCAGCAACAGCAGCAACAACAACAGAAAUUACCGCAGCAGCAACAACAACAAAAAUCUCAACAACAGCCACAACAGAAACCACAGCAGCAACAACAAAAACCGCAGCAACAGCAGCAGCAACAACAACAAGAACAACAAAAAUCACAGCAGCAGCAACAACAACAACAGCAACAACAACCACUACAAGCAUCGUAUCAAAGUAAUCAAAAUCGAAUACAUUUUGGUAGCAGUAGUUGCAAUAUUACGGUCACCGGAAACGGAACACCGGCAAGUCGUGUGACAUCAAGUAGUGUCGUCUCGCCAGCUCACGUACGGUCGGUUCCAGUACAACCAAAUCGACAGGCUUAUACUUACUCGGCGGAAAGUAUGCCGAAUCACACUGAGAGUGGUCCAAACACGCCUCUACUUUUACCCGCAGACUCGGUGCCUCGAAUUUAGCUCUCUUCGUGCGUCUCUAAUACCGAGUUUGGAAGCUCGUUGACAAAAAUCGAGUAUGAUUCUACAUUGACGGAUAUCCUGCCAUCUGAUAAUAACCAAGGAAAAGACUAAUUCUUGAAUAAAAAGGAAAAGAAAGAAGCUCCUGCUAUCGCGAAUCGGCCCAGAUAUCAAAAUAGUUAGUGCACGUUCUUGCGUUUCUAUAAGUUCAUAACAGAUGGCGAGAUAUCGCGUUUUGAACGAGUGGUGCCAUUAGCGAACAUUUAGAUCGACGGUAAGUCGAGUUAUAAUAUGUAUACAUAUGUAAUAAGACAAAGUGAUCUCUUUCUAGAUGGUAUUACAGAACUAAUAAUAAAAUCAGUGGUGAUGCAUUUGAUGAUAUAAAUCAGCUGAUUUUUCCAAAGCUAUGUUAUAUUACGUACUCCUACGAGAUCGAGCACUCGUUUUAAUCCUCAAAAUGAUUGCACGAAUGGAUCCGCAAAGAGGAAACAAAAAAAAAGAGGAAAGAGGAAAAGAGGAAAAAGAGAAGAUGAAGGAAACCGAAUAUAGAGAAUAUAUAUGCAUAUAAUAAUAUAUAUUAUAUAUAUAUAUACACAUAUAUAUAUGUAUAUGUAUAUAUAUAUGCAUAUAUGUAUAUAUAUAUAUGCAUAUAUAUAUAUAUACAUAUAUAUAUAUAAAUAUAUAUAUCGGGCGAAUGAUACAGUAUUCUAUGCCGACUAGCCCGAAUUGACCAGUAUUAGACAAGGUGCUGUUAACGAGAAAGUACAUACGAUGAAGUGGGGGAAAAACGAUUAAGUAAGUUUUCUCAUAUAAGCGACAAAUUACUCAUUAUGUUUCUUUUUAUGGACGAAAAUUUAGAAUACGUGUUUCGUUCAUUUUUAAAAAUUAGAUCAAAGUAUUCUCACCUCUUAGGAUUAUUACUUUUUUGUCGUCUGUUUAAACCGUAUUUUGUAAAGCUUUGCCGGAAGAAAUCUUAAACGACUAUACUCAAUAAGUCGUCGUAUAUUUUUUGUCCUUCUUUUUUAGUUUCAUGCCAAAAAGAAUAUGUCCUUUUGUGUGUGUGUGUGUGUGUGUGUGUGUGUGAAAGAGAAAGAGAGAAAGAGAGAGAAAGAAACAGAAAGAGAGAGAUAUAGGACCAAAUUAACUUCGAUCUGCUAUUAUCCUUAAAGUUUCAUGGAAAUAUUAUUUUCCAUUCAUCAUAAAGAGUAAGGCGAAAUAAAGUGGAUGGUAUAAGUGCGUAGUAAGACGAAUGAAAGGGUGAACUUUGUCGUUAAUGUUGUACAAGAAAGAAUAAAUAAUGAAUUUAUUCGAAAGAUAUAUAUAAAUAUAUAUAUAUAUAUAUAUAUAUAUAUAUAUAUAUAUAAUUAAGAGAAGAAAAUAUCCACUUGAGAUACUGUGCGAUGGGAUGAUGAAAGAUAAGUAUAUAUAUAUAUAAAAAUAUACCUAUAUCUAUAUAUGUAUACACGGUCUAAACACACGAACAUACACACAUAUAUAUAUAUGCGCGUGUGUGUGUGUAUAUAUGUGUUUACAAAGAUGUUUACGAAGAAAUAGAUUAUAUGUCUGUGAAAAGUUAGACAGUAUAGAAGCAUCGAUGUUCAGCAAGCAAUUUCUAGCGAGAAGAGGCUGGGCCUCUCAUGAGUAUGUUAUAAAAAAAAGCAGAAGAAGAAGGUGAGAGCGAGAGAGCGAAUAAGAGAGAGAGAGAGAGAGAGAGAGAGAGAGAGAGAGAGAGAGCGAGUGUAUUUGUGUACGUAGGAUUAUACGCAUGAGAGAAAGACGUAAAUAAGUAAGUAUAUAUACAUAGAAUGCGUAUGAGCGUAGUAUGUACGUAAUAUUUUGUGUGUCGACUCGAGAGAGAAAGAGAGAAAGAGAGAGAGAGCAAGAAAGAGAGCGUGUUGUGUCGAUCAGUCAAUGAGAUUGUGCGCGUGCGAGAAGAGAAGAGGGGUCAAUCGUUUCUUGACUUCUCGUAUAUAAGAAACGUGACAAAAGUAAGGGAGGAAGCGAACGUGCUUAUCGUGUAUGUAUAUUGGAUAUAUCAUGUCGUAAGAAAUAAAAAUUAUAUUUAUGUUCA